CUCUCUACUUGCUUGUUCGUUUCAGACUUUCAUACUGAUUCCCUGUCUCUGAUAUGGGUUUCUUUAUUGCUUCUCUUUGUUUUUUGUUUGGAGAAAUUGAAUGCGAGAGUGAUGGAGAAACCAGGAGCAGGUGGAAGGCCAAGGCAGUUGACAUGUGGGAACACGUCAGGGUGUUGGAAGGGAAAAGAGUAGAGUGUAAACAUUGUGGAUUGAAAUUUGCAGCAAGUGCUAAUCGCAUCAAAGCCCAUAUAAAUCAGAUCAAGGGUCAGGGAAUUCGACUGUGUCCUGGUUCUCCUCAGCUAAACAAUACCAAUUCCGACAAAGUGACCAGUGAUCUCAAAGAGAAAGAGGACCUCCUUGCCAUUGAUGAUUCUUUCUCGCUAGAAGACCUCCCUCAUCCCCAAGCUAUGCAUCAAGAGAUGAUUCAUGUUUGCCCUUUCUCUGUUUCUCAUAUGGUGAAUGAAGCUGACUUGCGGUUGAUUCAAUAUGUUUUUGAACAAUCAUGCAGUGAUGAGAAAAUUUUCUCUUCACCACGUUUACAUUUGACACAAUCUGACUUUAUUACUCUUAGACCGGAGGCCGAUUUGAAUUCGUGGGUAAUAGAUAUUUUUGUCUAUAUCUUGACGGAGACUGAAAGGAAGAAAAGUAAACCUUUGAAUUUGUACCUUCCAGUGAUGUUUUCGAAUGAAGCGCUCAAAAGUGACGUAAGUUCCUUCCUUAACUUUGUUGAGCGGCAUAAUAUGAGAGAAAACUACAUGUUUCACUUAAACUAUUGUGAGAAGGUAUUAUGUUAUUCUCUUCUUGUAGUUGAUGUUUCGCUUACCAUUAUGAAUGCUCUUUCGACUAUAUAUUUUUAUUCCUGUCCAUGCUAA